UCUAAUUAUUAUUCCGUCCAUUUAAAAGGGACGCCACGCCGUGGCGUUGGUUGGCCUCCGUUCCACUCCACGCACGCCCCCCUCAUUUCCAGUCCACCUUCCCACCCAUCGCCCUGCCUACCUUCUCAAUCUCUCUCGUCCACGCCUCCGGUCGUUCCCCUUCCUCUGCCUGCCACUCACCGGACGCCAUGGCGGAGGAUGGCGACUGCUGUGUUGCGGUGGCGGUGGCCGAGGCGGCGGGCAUCAUCUGCUCGCUCCGCGCGGCCGACCUCGCCGGGUGGACGCCGCCCUGGAAGACCAGCGGGCCGCAGUCGUCCGAAGCCGCGACGAAGGAGGAGACGGCCUGGCCGGCGGUGGCGCGGGGGAAGCGGACGCGCGCAUCGCGCUCCGGCUCGGCGGCCAACAAGAACAAGGGGAGAUGGGCACGCGGCAGCCCCGCGUCUCCGCUCGACUACAGCGGCGGGUCCGGCUCCGGCGCGUCCACCAGCGGCGGCGAUGACGGCGCCUUCUGCUCGCCGCCGGCGACGGUCGCCAUCGCCGCCCCAGCUUCUUCCUCCUUGGCCAAGGUGGGCUCUACCGGAGGAGCACGACGCCCGUUGAUCCUGCCGGUGCCGCCGGCCCGUAUCGCCGGCCAGAGGUCGCGGAAGAAGAUGAGGCUCCCGGAGGUGAAGCAGCUGGUGCUGUCCCUGUCGGCGGAGAACGCCGGCCUUCGCCAGGAGAUGGAGUCGCUGCAGAGGGCUUGCACGGCGCUGUCCAAGGAGAACGGCAGACUAGAGACAAGGCUGGAGCAUUCGUCCUCGUCAAGCAAGCGGAAGAGGAUCCGGUCUGAAGAGGAGGAGCGGCGGCAAACGAAGCCGCAGCAAGCCGAUGGCGGCUUCGUGCUCCCCGACCUCAACAUUCCGGCGCAGGAUGUUGCCGACGCACCAGCGGCGGUUCCCUGAUGGCUCGGGGACCCACUCCAUCUCCGGUGGUGGCGCCUGACGGCUUACCUGAUAAGUUCAUUAACCGUGUAUAGGGGAGGAAGCUCAAUCUGGGGCUGGGAGGCCUGAUCUCUGAUCGUGCCUGCUGGCAGUGAGGCAGAGGAACCGCGGUCUUGUUACCUUAGCUAAUUUUUUCUUCCUUUGUUUAGUUUUGAGAGUUUUCUUUUUAACUGCCAGCAACGCUGGCUUUGUAUUAAGAUUAAGAUAGGUAGGGAGCACAGUUUACAGGGUAAUCGCAAGGGUGCGAUCUCCGGUAAAAAGCGGGUAAAUCGCCCAAGAGGAUUACAGAGGAUCAUGAAAUGGUUAGCUUUUUUUAA